CGUGGACAACACCUAGUGUAAGCGUGGCUGUGUAUUGGAAGAGUGCCCUCCGUUCACUCGACUCCUACCUCUGCCCAGCGUAUCGCUGUCGUUUCUACAUUUGCUGAGCGCUCAAAUCAGCGCUGGGAUUGAACAUGGCGCGUUGGUGGCCAAUUUUAAGCGUUUUGCUGCUCUGCUGUGCAGCUGCACAAAGUCAGGACAAACUUGAGGGUGUCGAUGUAGAAGAAGUCUGCGCCGAUCGUCCCGCUGAUGAGUACUUCCGUCUGGAUACGGAAGGCGAUUGCCGUGAAGUGUACAGGUGCGACAGUGCCGGAGAAGAUGGCACAAAUCGCUUGGCGCCGAUCCGCUGCGCUGGCGGCUUGGCGUUCGAUGUGGAACGCCAACUGUGCGAUUGGAAGUCGAAUGUCAAGAAUUGCGAUGUCGCUGCAAAGCCUCGCAAGGCCAAGCCCAAUCUGAAGACAGAUGAGCCCAUCUGUCCUGAUGGCAAACUCUCCUGUGGUGAUGGCGAGUGCCUCGACAAGGAGCUCUUCUGCAACGGCAAGCCCGACUGCAAGGACGAGUCCGAUGAGAAUGCCUGCUCUGUCGAUGAGGAUCCCAACCGUGCUCCCGAGUGCGAUCCCACACAGUGCGCUCUGCCCGAUUGCUUCUGCUCUGCAGAUGGUACUCGCAUUCCCGGCGGCAUUGAGCCCCAGCAGGUGCCACAGAUGAUCACCAUCACCUUCAACGGUGCCGUCAAUGUGGACAACAUUGAUCUGUACGAGGAUAUCUUCAACGGCCAACGCCAGAACCCCAACGGUUGCUCCAUCAAGGGCACCUUCUUCGUCUCCCACAAGUACACCAACUAUUCGGCUGUGCAGGAUCUGCAUCGUCGUGGCCAUGAGAUCUCUGUCUUCUCGCUGACGCACAAGGAUGAUCCCAACUACUGGUCCGGCGGCAGCUACGACGAUUGGCUCGCCGAGAUGGCUGGCUCCCGUUUGAUUGUCGAGCGUUUUGCCAACAUCACCGAUGGCUCCAUCAUUGGCAUGCGUGCUCCCUACCUGCGUGUGGGUGGCAACAAACAGUUCGAGAUGAUGGCCGAUCAGUUCUUUGUGUACGAUGCCUCCAUCACCGCCUCGUUGGGUCGUGUGCCCAUCUGGCCAUACACGCUGUACUUCCGCAUGCCACACAAGUGCAAUGGCAACGCCCACAAUUGCCCAUCGCGUAGCCACCCCGUCUGGGAGAUGGUCAUGAAUGAGCUGGAUCGUCGUGAUGAUCCCACAUUCGAUGAAUCGCUGCCCGGUUGCCACAUGGUCGACUCGUGCUCGAACGUCGCCUCUGGCGAACAGUUUGCGCGUCUUCUGCGCCAUAAUUUCAACCGUCACUACAACAGCAAUCGUGCUCCUCUCGGUCUGCACUUCCAUGCCUCGUGGCUCAAGUCGAAGAAGGAGUACCGCGAUGAGCUGAUCAAGUUCAUCGAGGAGAUGCUGGGACGCAACGAUGUGUUCUUUGUGACCAAUCUGCAGGUCAUCCAGUGGAUGCAGAAUCCCACAGAGCUCAACUCGCUGCGCGACUUCCAGGAAUGGAAGGAGAAGUGCGACGUCAAGGGACAACCCUACUGCUCCCUGCCUAACGCCUGCCCGCUGACCACCCGCGAGCUGCCCGGCGAGACGUUGCGUCUGUUCACGUGCAUGGAGUGCCCCAACAACUAUCCCUGGAUCCUUGAUCCCACCGGCGAUGGCUUCUCCGUUUAAGCCAGCGGCCAUAUCUAUCUCCUAACUAUCCGUACUCUUAAUACUCUUUAAAUCUUCUCUACAUUUCCUUUUUCUUCAAAACAACAAGAGAACAACUCUUAAGUAGUUCAACCGAGAGUCUGAUAAACUAAAACAAACAAAACCCUACACUCGAAUGUCACUCUAUCCCAGUGCUCAAGUGUUAGAUUUCUCCAUCUAACUUUUCUGCUCUUUCACUUUGCUACUCCAACUAUUUUCGUCUUUAUAUCUUAUUUAUGCAAAAUCUGUCUUUUAACUUUGACUCUUCUUUGCGUAUCUCUUACACUUUUUCCACUUUUCUGCUGUCUACUUUCACUGCUCGUUUUGUUUUCCCACUGUUGUUUCAUUUUCCUUUUUUGAUUAAUUUGAAUGAUAAAGUGAUUUGUUUUAAUUUACACACACAUACACACACAAAAACAACAACAAA